AUGCGGCUAAUUCUCUCAACAGACGCUGUCGCCACCCCUUCCCCUGCUGUGCUACACGAGCUACGGGAAAAGCAUCCAGAAUGCCCACCGCCCCCUACCUCGGCUCCGCUCGCUCCGCCAGCAGCUGCAGCGCCGCCUAUCACAGCAGCAGAAGUGUUUUCCGCCGUACACACUUUUCCUCGUGGUUCAGCAGCAGGGCCGGAUGGUUUACGUCCACAACGCCUUCUCGACAUGGUCGGACACAAAUUCGAUGAUCACUGUUUAAACGCCUGGUUCUUGGAUGAUGGAACCGUGGGCGGUAAGCCAGCGACAGUAGCACACGUCUUCGGAGAGAUCAUCCGGAAAGCUCGUGAAAUUGGCUUAGUGGUGAACGAAGCGAAGUGCGAGCUUCAUAUCUCUGGAGGAACAGAGCAAGCCCAAAACGACGCUGUGGCCUUUUUCCAGGAGUUGUACCCGAAACUACGUAUCCUGACUAACACCGACUUCCUGCUGCUAGGUGCACCGGUGUUGGUUGAAGGCAUCGGUCCAGCUGUUGCCGAGAAGUGCGCAACAGUAAAGAUGGCGUGUGACCGCCUGGAGCUACUGCCCCGCCACCACGCACUUUUUCUCCUAAAAAACUGCCUGGGGGCCCCGAAAAUUAUUUAUAUGCUGCGGUGUUGUAAUGCCUGGAAACAACCGCAACAGCUCUACCAACUGGAUGAAGCAAUGCGGUUGUGUUUCCAGACCCUGUGUAAUGUACGGACCAGCCACGAUGACUAUCCAUGUUGGCGGCAGGCGACACUUCCAGUGAGCAGAGGCGGUAUUGGUAUACGUCGGGCGGAAGAAUUAGCGCUUCCAGCCUUCUUGGCUUCGAUUCACUCCGUAACCGACUUAAUAUCAUUAUUGCUCCCUGAUCACCCCGCUGUUAACAUCUCUGCCGCUUUCGAGUUAUGGAAAACUAACGCACGCCUGGCAGAACUCCCGGAGCAUAAUGCCAGAAAAGCACAACGAACAUGGGACCUUCCACUGUGUAACGCAUCGCUAUCCGUACUGCUGGACAUCUUUCGCGACGAUGAAAUCAACCGGGCCCGCCUCCUCGCACAGUCGACACCGGAAGCUGGUAUAUGGUUAAAUGCCUUGCCCUCGGCACAUAUCGGUAAUCUCUUGGACGAUGACACCGUGAAGAUAUCAGUCGGCCUGAGACUUGGUGUAAGUAUCUGUGAAGCACACUCUUGUUCGAAGUGCCACAAGCCCGUUGAUGUGUAUGGUCACCACGGCUUGUCCUGCGCAUUCUCAGCUGGAAGGCAUCCACGCCAUGGCGGCCUGAACAGUAUUUUGUGCAGAUCGUUAGUAUCAGCCGGCAUCCCUGCAAAAUUGGAGCCGCGAGGAACAUCCCACACAUCGGACCGCCGCCCAGAUGGCUGCACCACGUUUGCGUGGCAACGCGGUAUGUGUUUGGCGUGGGACGUGACCUGCGUGGACACUGUGGCUAUGUCUCACCGGAAAGCCACAUCAGUCACCGCGGGAUCCGCCGCACAGGCGGAGGAUAGAAAGCGGGAUUCGUUUAGAUUGGCUAAUCAGGAAUGA